CUUUGCCAUGUCCCAGCGUCACUACAAGGUGUCAGCUCGCCGCUGGUUCACGCUAGACAGCGUGGAGAUCGAAUACGACGGUCAGAAAGCAUCGUUUAACGGGAGCCGGAACGUGUACGCACCGGCUGAGUACUCCUACCGCUGUCAGUCAGUCACUAACUUCAGAUACCCCCUCCUGGUACCACGCACCUCCAAAGAUCCUGCUAACCAGUGGAGGGUCUCAUUCACUGACUUCCAGGUAGGAUGUGCGUACGGUGUGUGUGUGCGUACGGUGUGUGUGUGCGUACGGUGUGUGUGCGUACGGUGUGUGUGUGCGUACGGUGUGUGUGUGCGUACGGUGUGUGUGUGCGUACGGUGUGUGUGUGCGUACGGUGUGUGUGUGCGUACGGUGUGUGUGUGCGUACGGUGUGUGUGUGCGUACGGUGUGUGUGUGUGCGUACGGUGUGUGUGUGUGUGUGCGUACGGUGUGUGUGUGCGUACGGUGUGUGUGUGCGUACGGUGUGUGCGUACGGUGUGUGCGUACGGUGUGUGUGUGCGUACGGUGUGUGUGUGCGUACGGUGUGUGCGUACGGUGUGUGUGUGCGUACGGUGUGUGCGUACGGUGUGUGUGUGCGUACGGUGUGUGUCUGUGAAACAAAAACAGAAUACAAACUGCAAGUUGAAACAACUCUCUCUCUUUCAACCCUCCCCCCCAUGCCCUCCCCCACAUGCCCCCCCCCUCCCCCCAUGCCCCCCCCCCCCCCCCCCCCAUGCCCUCCCCCCAUGCCCUCCCCCCAUGCCCCCCCCCCCCCCCAUGCCCUCCCCCCAUGCCCUCCCCCCAUGCCCUCCCCCCAUGCCCUCCCCCAUGCCCCCCCUCUAGAUCCAGGGCUUCAACGUGGCAGGGGGAGAGUUCUCCUAUGCCAGUGACUGUGCAGGGUUCUUCAGUCCUGGUAUCUGGAUGGGACUUCUCAGCAGUCUACUGAUGGUCCUGGUCCUAACCUACGGCCUCCAUAUGAUCAUGCAGCUACACACCAUGGACCGCUUUGAUGACCCCAAGGGACCUGCUAUC